AUGGUUUUCCAUGACUACGGAAGCGAAGACGGGGUCCGGCGGACAGUGAAUGCCUUGUCUGCAAGGCGCAUACUGCAGGACUGCCAAUGGCUUGGUCUCGGCUGGGACGGGACCAGCUGGCCGUACCAACAGUGGCACCGAGACACUGACACAAUGUCGCCCACGACGACCAAUUUGUCAGAAGGAGUAGCUUGCAGGUCCGUGAAGCCCCGACAACUGCGAACCCCCUUCACGGACCUGCGCUAUUACGUUUACCGACAGCCUGUACCAGAACUCCACCAUGCAAACUUUUUGCCGGGAGGGCAGCUUGCCACUGGCGUGUGGCGAAGGAAAGGCUGGACCCACGAUGCAGAGCCGACUGGCCAGCGCGACACACUGCGGGUUAACCUGGCUCAGAUGUCCACAGUUCCGAUCGAGCUGCUCUUCCAUGAACAUGGAACUGCCUUCUUGCUUACUGACAUUGGCGGAAUUCAUGCAACCUGGUAUGGCCCUCAGGAGCAGAUCGCUUGCUGCAAUUUGCGGGGCGGCGGAGUUCGUCGAACAAAGCGGGCGAAAGAACAAGCAUCUUCAGACUCGCUGCAUUUCUGCCUGUGCGACGGCUGUGUUUCCAUGCAGAACGUCAGUAGGAUCAGGACGCCUGGAAGCUCGUAG